AUGGGCCGAUAUCAGUGGCAGCUGUUCGCCGUCAUCGGGUUUGGCUGGGCCAGCGAUAAUUUGUGGCCAAUCGUCACCUCGCUCAUUCUUGUGCCCAUAUCUUAUGAAUUCAACGUCGCUCAACCGCCUCUCUUGACGCUCGCCCAGAAUAUCGGGCUGUUGAUCGGAGCGCUCUUCUGGGGGUUUAGCUGCGAUUUUUUCGGGCGCCGAUGGGCCUUCAAUCUCACAAUCGGCAUCACCGCCGUCUUUGGCCUGGCAGCUGCUGGGUCACCUACAUUCGCAGCGGUCGGCGUCUUUGCGGCUUUGUGGUCGGUCGGUGUGGGGGGAAACUUACCGGUUGAUUCGGCCAUCUUCCUCGAGUUCCUGCCGGGAUCGCAUCAGUACCUGCUGACCGUCUUGUCCGUUAACUGGGCCCUGGCGCAGCUACUGGCGAACCUGGUUGCGUGGCCGCUGCUGGGCAAUUUGACCUGUGCGUCGGCAGAAACUUGCACCAGGGAUAACAACAUGGGCUGGCGGUAUUUCCUGAUCACCAUGGGCGGGCUGGCCCUUCUCAUGUGUAUCGUCCGCUGCCUCUUCUUCACACUUUAUGAAUCCCCGAAGUACCUCAUGGGCAAGGGUCGCAAUCACGAAGCCGUGACUGUAGUCCAUGAGGUUGCCCGCCGCAACGGGAAAACGUCUGAUCUGUCGCUAGAGAAUCUGGAUGAACUAAUAACCCUUGAAGACGAACAGCAUGCUCCGCGCCAGGGUCUCAGUACAUCCGAUCAGAUGCGCAUGCUGAUGGAACCCCUCAGCUUUUCACACGUCAGAGCGCUAUUCAACACACCGCUGCGUGCCUGGUCUACCGGCCUGAUGAUUCUGAUCUGGACUCUUAUUGGACUCGGUUUCCCCCUCUAUAAUGCCUUCCUGCCCUACCUUCAACAAACCCGAGGCGUCCAAUUCGGGGAUGGCUCCACUUACACCACCUACCGCAACUCGCUCAUCAUUGCGGCUAUCGGCGUUCCUGGUAGUCUCGUCGGUGGCGCUAUGGUUGAACUCCCCCGCCUGGGCCGGAAGGGCACUCUCACCUUCGCUGCCAUCGCGACAGGGACGUUUCUACUGGCGUCGACGACUGCAUCGACCUCCGAGGCCCUUCUUGGCUGGAACUGCGCAUACAGUUUCACAAGCAGCCUGCUGUACGCUGUGCUGUACGCAUACACCCCGGAGAUGUUCGAAACCAAAGACCGCGGAACGGGCAAUGCAUUGGUCAGUGCCGCGAAUCGCGUGGGAGGCAUUCUGGCCCCCAUUAUCGCCAUAUUCGCUACUGUACAGACGACCAGCCCGGUGUACGUGAGUGGAGUGUUGUUCUUAGUUUCAGGGUUCUUGGUAUUGCUCAUUCCCUACGAAACGAGAGGGAAGUCGAGUUUGUAG